CAUAACAAAGACAAGCAGUGGUUUUACCCUCUUGGCAUUACGCCAGUUGUAUCGCGUCCGAGCGACAACAACCCACCAGGUGAUUCCGUAUCUUACGUAUGUAAGUAUGACAUGUUCGGUCAAAAGGGGUGGCAUUGUUGCGUUGGUUGACAUGCAAGUAUUCACCGGAAUAGAUUUCAGAUGCUAUAACUCGUUACGCUCCCAUCAGCGUAUAUCCUGCGCAUGUGUUCUCGUUCAACACAUCUCACGUCAAUACAUACAGGCCACAAAUAGGAGGGUCUAGACGAGUGGACGUGUCUGUCAGAAAUACCUUUUGUCUAGUUGGAGUUCUCGAUACUUUGAGUGAGGCAUGCGUGUGCAUAUUUCUGAAAAAAAUGAUACAGUGUUAUCUAUCUGGUAUGAAAGCAUAAUGGUGGCAUUUCGAUACUACAAUUAUUUUUAAAACCGACGUUUUUCACUAUUUCAAUUAUUUCUUCAUAUUUUCGAAAUUGUGGACUUAUUUCUUGCCACUUCGAUUAUAUUUUCGUCAUCUGGAUUACGUUCUCCCUAUUUUAAGAUUAUUAAAAACCUCAAAUUUUCAACUCCUUUCUUGUUGCUUCAAUUAUGACAUCGAUAUUUUAUUGAUUUUCUCGAAUUUUGCAAAAAUUUCUCAUUACAUAUUGAAUCCAACGGAACUAACCAAAAAAAAAAUUACUUAAACGUAAUCGAAGUAACGAGAAUAGAAAUAGGAAAUUUCGAACAAAUCAACACAAAAUUGAAACAUAAAAAAAAACUGAAGAAAAAAAAGGUAAUAAUUAAUAAAUGAAUGUAUGUUACCACUGCAGAAGAAUGUGGCUUUCCACCAGAGAGUAUCUUACACUGAAAUGAGGAAUUACAUUUUAGUGUUCAUAUUCUUGAGUGAGUGAGUGAGUUUAGUUUUACGCCGCACUCAGCAAUAGUCCUGCUAUAUGGCGGCGGUCUGUAAAUAAUCGAAUCUGGACCAAACAAUCCAGUGAUUAUCAGCAUGAGCAUCGAUCUGCGCAAUUGUGAGUUCAUGAUAUUGUUUCUCAACAUGAUAUUGUAUGCCUCUUUUUGCGUUUAUAAUGCAUAACCACAAUUGCUCAUUGUCAGGAGACAUCAACGUUUGUUUAGCUUAUUACGGAAAAAUAUACUCGAAGGAGCUCGCGGGUUGUUAGAGUUAUCAUAAUAACACUGUGAAUAUUGAGUUUUUCGUGCAAACGUAUUCCAAUUUCGUAAAUCGAUGUUCAUAAUGUCAUCCGCUGGAUUGCCUGGUCCAGACUUGGCUAUUUACAGACCACUGAUGUACAGGUUGAAUAUGAAUAUAAAUCGAUGUUGUCGUGUUAUUACUUGAUUGAUGAUUCCAGCGAAAAACAACAAAGAAACUUUAGGUCCAAUAUAAACCUGUUUCAGAACGCGCAAGGCUUGACAUCGGACAUGGCGGAGAAAGGUACGUCGGUCCACGUCACUGGUAACCAAGGAACUGCCCACAGUGUGUAUGCCAUCGGAAUCCACCAAGGGACACUAAACGUGAACCAUUCCAGGGACGAAGACAGACUGUGUGAUUUGAAAGAACAAACAAGGAAAGAUAUUGAUAUCUGGAACAGAGGAAUGGUCAGAGUGUCUGCCAUUGAAACCGUCAUAGAGAAGCUUCAAACAAGGCACCGAUGGGUUACUGUUACCGGAAAUGCUGGUGACGGCAAGACAACUCUUGGUUACAUGACGCUGAAGAGUCUGCAGGAUGAUGGGAAGGAAGUGUUCAAGAUCGACAAUCCCGAGGACUACUUCAUUAUCUGCAGGAAGGCUGCUCACAGUGUCGUGUUCAUGAAUGACGUGUUUGGUCCUUUCGAUUUUGACCAAAGAGCUUUUAGCGCUUGGCUGCCCGUGUUUCAAACAAUUUCAGAAGGUAGGACGAAGGGUAACGAAAAUGAACAUGGUCCAAGUAUAAUAUUUGUGAGCAGGCUCAAUGUUUUGGAAGUUGCUAGGAAUCAACUUGGAAAAUAUGGAGACAUCGUUUUGGGAGAAGGUGCAAUAGUCAAUCCCGAUAAGAUGAACACAGACAGGGAGAAACUUGACAUCUUAAACUUUCAUCUGUCCAGACAUCAUAUAAGUGACAUUCCAGAAAGUACCAAGAUGCAACUAUAUAGUCGGAGUCCUCAUGGAUUUCCUCAUUGCUGUGAGAUGUAUGUUGAACUGAGAACCAGUGGACAUGAAAUUGAUAUUGCCAAGUUCUUUUCUUCACCUCUCAAAUUCCUCAAUUACACAACAUAUAGUUUUGAUUGAUAAACAGAAAUGUUAUGAUCAUUUUAAAAUACUCCUGAAGGCUGGUGGUCAAUUGGAUAUUUCAAGCCUUACAGAUGCAACACUAAGAACAGAAAUGCAAAGCACUGCAUCUGGUUUAUUAGGAAGCUAUCUUAAAAUGAGUGGAAGUGGUGUUGCAUUCUCCCACCCAUCCAUCUAUGAAAGUGUGGCAGUAGCAGUUGGAAACAAAGACCCUCUCUUUGCUGCACAAGAGUUUCCUAUUUCAGUCAUCAUGCAAAAGUGUAAGGUGCAUGUGCCACAGGAAGGAGAAACUGAGAUGUACAUCUUGUUCAGUGAAUCAUCCUCAGCCAUGGACGCACUUGUUCAGAGGCUGGCUGCAGAAAUACGUCAGGGGAAAUACUUUGCAAUACAACAUGAGCUUUGCUGGGAAAGGAAGUUCUGUGAAGAGGUGAUACAGUCAAGUGUCUGUAGAUCAGUUCCCCUUUUCGGCUAGAGAAGGAAUUAUGUCGGUAUCAAUCAGAGAGACAGUGCAGACAGUACCAUCCUGCAUGUGGCUGUUCAGUGCCGUAACUACACUGCAUGUAAGAUUCUGCUGGAGAG